AUGAUACAAUCACUAUACGACUAUAACACUACUGAACAUGAAAAUAGGAAAAAGCAAGAAAGCGGGUGUGCGGUGCCAGUGUUGGUGGUGAUUGCACAAACUGGGGUGAAGAUAUGCGACCCCGACGACAAGAGUGUGCGCAUGUCGCACGCGCUGCGCCGCAUAUCUUACGCAACUUGUGAUUCGGCCCGUACGCUGUUCGCGUUCGUCGCCCGAGAGCCACGCUCCGACUCCGCCGUCCAGUACUGCCACGCCUUCGAAACCGAUACGCCGGAGCAGGUCAGUAACAGAUAUAUUUAA